AUGCCCGGUGACAUCCUCAGGAAGAGAAAGAUCGCCGUCCUUGGUUCUCGCUCAGUCGGGAAGUCUUCGCUCGUUAUUCAGUUCAUCGACAACAACUUUGUGGAAUCCUACUACCCUACCAUCGAGAGCACCUUUUCCAAGAGCAUAAGCUACAAGGGCGUCGAGUACGACUGUGACAUCAUCGACACCGCCGGCCAGGACGAGUACACCAUCCUCAACUCCAAACACGCCAUCGGCAUCCACGGCUUCGUCCUCGUCUACUCCGUCACGUCCCGCAAGUCCUUCGACAUGGUCCAGGUCGUCUACGACAAGAUCAUCGACUUUUGCGGCAUGAACUCUAUCCCCUGCGUUAUCGUCGGCGCAAAGACCGACCUCCAGCAGAGCACAACCAGACAGGUCGCCCCCACUGAAGGCGAGGAGCUCGCAAAGAGCCACCACGCCGCCUGGAUCGAGACCAGCGCGAAAAACAACGUUAACGUCGCCAAGGUCUUCGAGCUCUGUCUUGGCGAAAUCGAGAAGGCCGCGCCAAAUAGCAACGCCACCGAGCCUCCAGCCAGCAAAUGCGUCAUUAUGUGA